AGAUGGACGUCAUCUCUCUCCUCCCUCUGGAUCUUUUCUACUUCAAGGUUGGAGUGAAGUCCAUUCUCCGCUUUUCCCCGUAUACUUAAGUAUAUGGCCUUCUUUGAAUUCAACAACAGACUGGAAGCCAUCCUCAGCAAAGCCUACAUCUACAGAGUGAUCCGUACAACAGCUUACCUCCUGUACUGCCUGCAUAUGAACGCCUGCUUCUAUUACUGGGCCUCCGACUACGAGGGGCUCCGCUCCACCAAGUGGGUGUAUGAUGGCGAGGG